GCAGCCAGGUCCGCUCUUGGUCCACGCCGUCCGCCCAGCGUCAGCCACCGCCAUGGGAGUGCAGGUGGAGACCAUCUCCCCCGGAGACGGGCGCACCUUCCCGAAGCGCGGCCAGACCUGCGUGGUGCACUACACGGGGAUGCUUGAAGAUGGAAAGAAAUUUGAUUCCUCCCGGGACAGAAACAAGCCCUUUAAGUUUAUGCUAGGCAAGCAGGAGGUGAUCCGAGGCUGGGAAGAAGGGGUUGCCCAGAUGAGUGUGGGUCAAAGAGCCAAACUGACCAUCUCCCCAGACUAUGCCUAUGGUGCCACUGGGCACCCAGGCAUCAUCCUAUCAAACGCCACUCUCGUCUUUGAUGUGGAGCUUCUAAAACUGGAAUGA